AUGAUUUUAUUUUUUAUUAUCGCUCCGUUAACUUUUGUGGCUGCUGAGAAUGCAUUGCCAUCCGACUUCAUUCGGUGUAAACAGUAUGACAACAAGUUGAAUGACUGCUUGGUUAUCGCCGUGCCAGAUGCUUUGCGGAGGAUGAAAGCUGGUAUACAAAAUCUCUCCGUCCCACCGCUGGAGCCACUGGCAGUAUCUGCAAUAAACAUCGACUCAGGCGCAGGACCAGUGACAAUUACGCAAAACUAUAAAAACAUAAAUAUACAUGGUCUUACUGACUCCGUACUAACUUUGUACAAAGCGGAUCUCAAGCACUAUCGGCUAAAGACUGAGUCUAUCACACCAAAAAUGGAGUUCGUUGCUGACUAUAUUAUGAAGGGCAGGAUACUGGUCUUACCCAUACAGGGUAAAGGGAUCGCUAAUAUUACCAUGGUAAAUUUACUAGUGAAACAUGAUUUGAUCGGGGAACCUGUAGUGAAAGAUGGUCAAACGUACAUGCAUAUAAAGGACUAUAGAGUCAAAUUCAUCCCUAAAAAGGUGUACUUGCAUUUCUCCAACUUAUUCAACGGUGACAAAAGGCUCGGAGAUCAGAUGAAUCUUUUCCUAAACGAAAACUCAGAACUCGUCUUUAAUGAACUCAAGGAUUCGUACGAGAAGAGCCUGAGCUCGGUGUUCCAGGAUGUUACCAAUAAGAUAUUCGACAAAGUACCAAUGAAUAAAAUAUUUUUAGAAGAG